AUGGCGGCUGAUAUAGCCGCGCGUUCGUCCCUUCCGCCGCACCACAUGCGACACGAGCUGUCCGCGCCACGCUCUUUCGAGUCGCCUCUCAAGAACCGAGGAUCUUACGUCGACCAAUCAGAACCACCAUCCUACUCUACCCAUCCCCGCCACCCAUCCGACUUGUCUCGGCACCAGAUGCAGCAGCUGGCGUCCGCAACCGCCGCCGCAACACACGCCGCCUCCGCCGGCUCCAUCACUUCCGCGGGUGGCGGCGCGGCGGCGGCUAUACGCUGGAUUCGUGGACCUAAUCUAGGCGGCGACCCCACCGGAAAAGUAAAUCUCGCGUUAAAUUCUGACACGGGCGAGGUUCUGGUGGUCAAGUCGGUGUCGAUAAAUAGCCUUCCUAAGACCAUGCGUCAGCUGGAGAACGAGCAGACGAUUCUGGAGGAGCUCCGAACCUGCCCGCGCGUGGUUCGGCUGCUAGGCUCGGCAUGGGAAUCCGACCCUGCGUCGGGGGCUCGGGUGAAGAAUCUGUUUCUCGAGUAUGUCUCUGCUGGGAGUGUGCUUGAUAUCAUGGGCACGUUCGGAUGCUGCGGCGGCGAAAGCGGCGGCGGAGGCGGGGGGUGCGGCGGGCUGCCGGAAGCGCUGGUGCGGAAAUACGCGCGUGGGAUUGCGGAAGGGUUGGCGGAGCUGCACGCGCGCGGGAUAGUGCACUGUGACGUGAAAGCGGCGAAUGUGCUUGUUGCGGGGGGGGAGGGGGAGACGAAGCUGUGCGGGCUGGGUGUGGCGAUGCGCGCGGGGGAAGCGGCGCAGCGCAUCGCGCGCAAGCAGCGACUGCAGGGAACGUACGGCUGGAUGGCGCCGGAGGUCGUGCGACAGGAAGAUCAAGGGUUCGCAUCGGACGUUUGGUCGUUCGGAUGUACAGUGAUCGAAAUGGCGACGGGUUCGCCGCCUUGGACCGGCCAACUGCCGCCGGCUGGUAUAAUAGACGGCGAGUACGUUACCGAUCCGUCUCCUGACGCCAUGCUGCACGCGAUUGGAUACUCGAACGCGGCGCCGGCUAUUCCGCCGCAUCUGUCGGCGGAAGCUGUCGGGUUCCUGCGGAGAUGCCUCGAGAGAGAUCCCGCGCGCCGCCCCUCCGCCGCGCAGCUUCUAGAACACCCGUUCCUCCGCGGAAGCGUGAUCGGCUCCGCGGGUUCCGCGCCCGCCGGGUACCCCGUGGCGCAGCAAGCUGCGCGCCCGCCCAGCGGGGGGCGCGGGAGCGGGGCGCGGCGGAACGAGGAGAGCGCGGGACUGAGAGCAGGCGCAGGAGAAAGCUGGGCGCGUCAAGGCGCAGGGGGAUGCGCAACGGGCGCGGACGAUUUCUACAGUGAGGGGCGGGAGAGAGGGGAGUGCGAGUGGGAGGAGGGGGAAGCGGAGGAGGCGGAGGAGGAGAUGGAGGGGUAUGGAUGGGAGGAUAUAGGGGUGAGCUUCGGUCCCAGUGGUGCUGAAGGGAUUCCCGCGUCUGUGCAUCUGAACCCUUCCUCGGGCUCUGGUGGUCUUGAUCCAACGGUCAGACGCAGAGUUGGUGCAGGUUCAGGCGGAAUUUCAGCUAAUCAGCCCAUGCCGCCCAUGCCAUCCGCAAACCUGCCGCCCGCCCCCGCACCUCUGUUCCACCCAUCAGGCAUCCGCAUGGGUCCACUCAUGCGGCAAAUCUCUAAGGAGCAGCUUGCCCUGCGCGCUGCCAUGGCUGCUGCAGCGGAGACUGGUGGUGGCCUUGGUGGUAACCAGGAGAGGGGUGGUAACCAGGAACGGGGCGGUAACAGCUAUGGCCAGGGGCAUGCUGCCUCCUCCCCAACGCCUGUACCCCCCUUGCCUGGGAGGGUGGGCUUCGGGCGGGCGGUGCACCAGCGCUCUAGCUCUGUCCAAGGUGACUUUGGCGGACGUGACUCUAAUGUGAAUGUUUCUUCUGCGGAUAAACCAUCUGUGCGAUUGGUCAGAGGCUCCUCUGGAGUGCAACCAGGAGCAUCCGCGGCUCAGAUCAGUGAGUUUCAGCAGGAUAGUAGUUGUAUUAGUGGUGAAUUUGGAGGUGUAGAUGGUGGAAGAGGCGGAAGCAGCAUGGGUGGUGGUGGUGGUGGUGGUCCAGGGCUCAAAUCCUGCCUGAGACGAACGAGCUCGUGUGUGCCAGGGGAUAGUGGCGGGAAUGAUGUGGGGGGAAGUAUGGGGAGAGGCGUGGGCGGGAGGGGAGGGGAGAGUGGCCUGCAGCGGAUGGGAUCUUUGACGCAGGCCAAGAAGACAGUGGGGUUUGGCGCCAAUUGA